AGAUGUAAAGAUGUAGGAAGAAAAAUGAGUUGAGUAGAAUUGUAUUUUAUUUAUAAAGAGGUGUCUUUUAGGAGGUGCCGAGAUGGUCCAUAUAUUUUAGAUGGAAAAGUGUUCACACAAGAAUUUGUAAAUAAAUUCCCACUUUAAAUUAGCUCUAGCUGGGUUUGAUAUCACAACCUUUUUUAUUUUAUUUUUUUGGUGAAAUGAUGCUACACGGCCCACACCAUUUUGAUUGUGAGAUGACAAAGUCGGAGUUUGGAACACGCCCAAUAUUCACUCUAUGGGUCGGGUCGGGUCGGGUCGUUUUCUAAUUGAUACUGAACCCAUUGAUUUCACCUGUUUAACAAGCCGCCUUCCUCCUCCUUAUACGGUGGUGGGCGGCGAUUCUAAUUCAGGAGUUGCCGAAUUCGAAUGAAUUGGAAGUGAGAGAAUUCUUGAUCCGAAUUUCCUGCUAUGAAUUUGACGAAUCAUCAAUCGGAAUUUACAAACCCUAAUAUUAGAAAUGAUGAUGGUGAUGACGAUUCAGAUGAAGUUAAAGUAAGAUGUUGGGAUCAAAGAGAAGCAGAACCAGGGGAACCUCGUUGUGUGAUUUGUGGCAGGUAUGGGGAGUACAUUUGUGAUGAGACAGAUGAUGAUGUUUGCAGCUUGGAAUGUAAGAAGAAUCUUCUGGAAAGGAUUGCCAAGGCAAAGUUUCCCUCCACUCUUCCUGUGCCGAAUCCGAUACGAUUGCCUGUUACUGAUGAGUGCAUCUAUGUUAAAGGUUCUGGUUCCGAAAAUGGGUCGAGCUCCUGUGGUCUGUCUGAUAAACAGACUGCAGUGCUGAGAGAAAGACUUGAUGUUUCUGUUAAGUGUGGCUCUGUUCCUGCACCUGUUUUGUCAUUUUCGUCGUGUAAUCUUCCAGUGAAGUUACUUCAGAACAUUGAAUCGGUUGGGUAUGAAGUCCCGACACCGGUGCAGAUGCAGGCGAUACCUGCUGCAUUGGAGGGCAGUAGCCUUCUUGUUUCUGCUGAGACAGGUUCUGGGAAAACUGCUUCGUAUUUGAUUCCAAUUAUUGCUCGUUGUGUGAAUUCUUCUUGUGAUCGGUUGACUGAGAAGAAGCCGUUGGCAAUGGUUCUUACUCCGACUAGGGAGCUGUGUGUGCAAGUUGAGGAAGAAGCAAAGCUGCUUGGAAAGGGUUUGCCUUUUAAGACUGCACUUGUGAUUGGUGGUGAUGCUAUGGCCGGUCAGGUUUACCGCAUUCAACAAGGUGUUGAACUGAUUGUAGGAACGCCAGGAAGGCUGGUUGAUCUGCUAACUAAGCAUGAUAUGGAGCUGGAUAGUAUAUCUAUCUUUGUUGUUGAUGAAGUAGACUGUAUGCUUCAGAGAGGCUUCUGUGAUCAGGUUAUGGAGCUCUUUAGGGCUCUGUCAUACCCCCAGGUUCUGAUGUUUUCUGCUACAAUGUCUGCUGAAGUUGAGAAGACGGCACACUCAAUGGCAAAGGCCUUGGUGAUUGUAUUUGUUGGAAAGCCAAAUAAGCCAAAAAUUGCUGUAAAGCAGAUAGCUAUAUGGGUGGAAUCAAAACACAAAAAGCAAAAGCUGUUUGACAUAUUGAUGAGCAAGCAGCAUUUCAGGCCCCCAGUGGUUGUAUUUGUGGCUUCAAGGCUGGGUGCAGAUCUCUUAGCUGAGGCAAUCAGCGUUACAACUAAGAUCAAAGCUCUCUCCAUCCAUGGGGAGAAAUCCAUGGGUGAAAGGAGAAAGAUAAUAAGAGGUUUUUUAAUGGGUGAGGUAUCUGUGCUAGUAGCAACUGGAUUAUUGGGACGUGGGGUGGUUCUCGUGAGCGUGAGGCAGGUCAUAGUGUUUGACUUGCCAAAUUCAAUCAAGGAGUAUGUCCACUUGAUAGGCAGAGCCUCUCGACAUGGAGAGGAGGGGAACGCAAUUGUGUUCAUAAAUGAGGAAAACAAGAAAUUAUUCCCAGAAAUUGUUGAUGUAUUGAAAUCAGCUGGAACUGUUGUCCCAAAGGAGCUUGCCAAUUCAAAGUACACAGCGUGUCCUGUUUCCAUUAACAAGAACCAAAAGAAAAGGAAACAUGGUGGUUAAAAUAUGUAUAUCUUGUCUUACACUGUAUGUUCCAAAGGUCCUAUUUGGCAACUUGCAAUGAUCUUGGUGGCUGAGAUAAAAUAGUUGUCUGUCGCCUGGCCAGAGGUACAUCAAUGUGGUACUCUAAUUUAGAGUUCCAGAAAUGCAAUUUUGCAGUGAAAAUACUGCAAGUAUGGCUUCUACCAUUGAGCUCCAGUAUUGAUUGUCUAAUUGACAUACUCCAUAUUGUAGAAGUCAUUUUCCCUUUGGGGUGCAUGUCCUUAGGCUAUUCUUUGUGAAAUCUGAAAUUCGAAGCUGAUUGUGGCGCACCAGGGAGACAAAGUUGAUGAUUGCUGGUCAAGCAUCUGCCUUUCACUCUUUCCUGGAGUGGGUCAAGAUGGAGAUGCAGCGCAUAAAUGCCACUGCUUUGCUAGACUUUAAUUCUUAUACAGAGUAAUUUUUAUACAGAGUCAGCCUCAAAACCGAUGAAUUUUUUUGUGUGAGUUGCAAGGCUGAUGGGUCCCUAACAGCCAUCGAUGAUAAUUGAAGAAGAUGUUAAUGCUUCAUAAAUCAUUUAGGUGUCCAAGGAAUUGCUUAUUUGAAGUUUGAUGAAGAAACCAUAAAUGGAAGCAAAUUUCAUCGUCAUCAACCUUGUGGUUUCUGGUAUCUAUCAGUAGGUUUGACUGUUGGCAAGAAAGUUGUAGUUGAUUUCUUUCUGCUUGUUUUGAGAGCUUAUGUUUUUUUGUCUAGUUGAUUUGCUUGGUCAUGGGCUCAUGGCAAUGUAGGUAAUGUUAAGAUUGUUUCACUAACAUUCAAUGCCUUGAGUUAUCAUUGACACAGCGACCUUGUACCAUACUCGCCUGUUAGUUAUGUUUGUAAAGAGAGCAUGAUUUUGCUGGUGCUUGCAACAGCUACCACUUA